GCGUCCAUAGAUACCAAAAAAGAAUGGGCAGAAAAAUGCUCGCAAGUUUCUUUGUUGACAAGAAUUUGACAAGAAACAAAACAACAGCAAUGUAAGUGCAAAACUGUUGUUGUUGUUUUUUUUAUCGCUGUAAUCCUUGAAGUCGCAGAAUGGAAAUAAUCAGAGGAAGUUUAGAGGAUAUUUCCCGACCUGCUUCGAGUGAACAAACAGGUAGCCGUGUUUCCAGCGUGUCUUUACCUCAUCAUGACAGAAUUUGUCCAACAACUCCGUUUUCCCUUGUUGUUUUGACCAACGAUGCGUCUGAUAUUCAGAUCCAAAGCAACUCUGAAGAAACUGUUGUCAACUCUUCAGCCAAAGGCCCUGACAAAGGUCAUGCAAAUUUCACUGAUGAAGAGAAAGAAGAUUACAAGCUACAGAGAGCCAUUGAGGAAAUGAGACUCCUUGAUGAAAUGUUGUCUGAAAAGAUCUGCAGAGAAAAAGAAGUCAGGCGUCAAAGGAAGGAUCUUCAGGCAAGACUUUGGCAAGAGCUCCUGCAGAGUAAGCCUGAAGGUCACUCUGAAUGUGUUCAUGAGGCUCUGAACACAAGGUUGUUUCUGGCGCUUGAGGCACCCACUGGGACAGAUGAGGAGGAAAUCUUUAUGUCUGUGUUUGAAACUCAAGUUCCUGACUGUGAGCACACCACAGACAGCAAAUACAUGGAACGAAGUGAAAAGAUGCCAGACAGCAUGACAGAAUCAUUUGAAGUAGGCCAUGAGGAGAGUGGGGAAUUUGAAAGCAGCCACUGUGGAGCUUCCAAAGGCGAGAAAAAACAGAAGGACUUUGUCAAGAGAAACAUUGAGCUAAUAAGUGGUGAAGGGUCCGAGGUGGUUUUGACCCAGGCAGAGAGAGAGCGGCUGGCAGAGCUCCUGCAAGAAGUAGACGAAGCGGAAGAAGACAACGCCAGAGGGGCAGACAAUGAGGAGGACAUGUAUGCUGUGUCAGUCGCCACAGGCCAGGGCUACACCCCGGAGCCCUCCGACCUCGAGCAGCUGAAUACCAUUGAGUCCAAAAUUCGCCUUUACCUCCCUGCGGAAGAAUCUCUCUCAGUGCAAAGCUCAUACACAAACCUUGGAAGCAUGUCCCAGGGCAGCGGCUCACAGGUUGGCUGGACGUGCGAUGGGGACCCACAACCAGGAGAAGAGGUCCUGCAGGAUAUAAAGGAGAGAAGAGGGCAGGACCGGCGGCUCCAAGAGAUCCAACAGCAGCUGGAGCUCCUGGGUCAGAGCCAGGAGAUUACUAGUGAGUCACCGGACCUCACAGAGGAGCAGUUACUUAGUCUGCUGGAUGAAUGUGAACUAACAAAGGCCUGGGCCCAAGAUCUUCAGACACCGUGUCCCAGUUGAACCGCUGCUUUCAGAAUGCGUACCAAAAGAUGCUGUAUCACUGUGAUGUAGCCAGAGAACAAUAACUGGAUCUAAAGAUGUUCAAAUAAGAGACACAAUCAUUAUCAGAAGAGAUUUUCUCCUACGAUAAUAAUUGUUCUGUACAGCUUUUAAUGGAUGUAGAUGUAACAACAUUUUUCUCUAUGUCUACAGUAAUAUAACUAAUAAUUAACAUGUUUCACAAUUGUAAGGAUUGGAUAAAUUAUAGCUCUAACCUUUGGUAUAUGGCUAAA